AUGGACACUGACAGCGCCGACAUACAUUCAAGGCGGAAUCCAAAUCUCCCAUCAGAUGACACCCAGAACCCAGAUGCAGUCAUUCCAGCCAAUGAAGAAGUCUUUGAUGUCAGUAGGGAGGACUUUCCUUCCUCGGGAACAGAAGGGCAACAGGCCAGGAAGGAAAUAGAAGAUUUAUUUGAAGAAUCUGAAGGGCCCAUUAAGAACUUUCUUCAGGGAAACAGAGAAAGAGUCAGAGUCAUCCUCACCACGUCUUUCCAAGCCAUGGAGCAGAAGGUGGAGGAUGUUCUAAAACUCCAGUGUGAGCAAAGGCAGAAACUUUAUGAAGACUAUUCUCUUCAGAUUAUGAAUUUGAAUAGGAAGUUAACCACGGAUUCACAUCAAGUCAAGAAACAGGCAGAAAAUCUCGCUAAUAUGUUUAUGGAGCAACGGAAGUUGGUUCGCCAAUCCCUGACCCUUCAGAAGGAGAGGAUGGAGGAAUUUAAAUCACUGUGUGAACAAUACUUGGAGAAACUUGAGUUGCUGAGGGAUUCUCGGGGAAAUUCCGUGGCUGAAGAGCUGAGACGUCUCAUAGACACCUUGGAAAUGAAACUGCUGAUGGUGAACCAAGAGCGUGCUGCUGCUGCUCAACAGUCUCUCCUGGAUCUGUUAUUCUCAUAAUACUUUGAAGAAUAAAAGCCCAUAUAAGGGGAGUGGAAAUCAGCCUGGUGAAGCCACUU